ACCGACAGAACUUUGACUCUUCACCACACCGAGCACUUGAUGACCGAGCACGCAGAAAAUCUGUGUUGCAAACCGAAAGAAAGUUGUUUGACAAAUAUUACGGAGAAGAAGAUGCCUAAUAUAAAGGUGUUUAGUGGAAGUUCCCACCCUGAUCUUACACAGAAGAUAUGCGAUCGACUUGGGAUAGAGCCAGGAAAAGUUUCGCUCAAAAAGUUUAGCAAUGGCGAAUGCAGUGUAGAAAUCGGUGAAUCAGUGCGUGGUGAAGAUGUGUACAUUGUGCAGACAGGUUGCAGUGAGGUUAACGAUAUGUUGAUGGAAUUGCUCAUCAUGAUCAAUGCGUGUAAGAUUGCUUCUGCUAUACGGGUCACCGCUGUCAUUCCAUGCUUUCCAUAUGCAAGACAAGAUAAAAAAGAUAAGGUAUAUAGUCGAGCACCAAUAUCUGCAAAGCUAGUUGCAAAUAUGUUAACAACAGCUGGAGCUAAUCACAUCAUCACAAUGGACCUUCAUGCCUCACAAAUACAGGGAUUCUUCGAUAUUCCUGUUGACAACCUGUAUGCAGAACCAGCUGUCCUGAAGUGGAUAAAAGAUAAUAUACCCGAAUGGCGAAACUGUUGUUUUGUUUCACCUGAUGCAGGCGGUGCAAAACGGGUGACAUCAAUUGCUGACAGACUGAAUGCAGACUUUGCACUCAUUCACAAAGAAAGGAAGAAGGCAAACGAAGUGUCGUCCAUGGUUCUGGUUGGUGAUGUGAAGGAUAAGAUUGCUAUAUUGGUGGACGACAUGGCGGACACCUGCGGCACAGUGUGCCAUGCCGCUGAAAAGCUGCUAGAGGCAGGCGCAGUGAAGGUGUAUUCCAUCUGCACUCACGGCAUCCUGUCAGGACCGGCCAUCUCCAGAAUCAACAACUCCAUGUUCGAGGCAGUGGUGGUGACCAACACCAUACCACAAGAGGACAAGAUGAAGGCGGCUCCGAAACUCAAUUGCUUGGAUGUUUCGAUGAUCCUUGCAGAAGCUAUUCGCCGCACACACAACGGAGAGUCCGUCUCCUACUUGUUCAGUCACGUUCCCAUGUGAAAGUGUGCCCAAUGCCAACAGCAGGAGCAAUACCAAUGAAAUCAAACCAUUCCUAAUAGUCCACAACCAAGUGCAUCAUGUUAUAUAAAUACUCAAACACCUGUUGUCAUUUUGUGUUUUGUGUGAGUUGUUCUUCAUCACCAACUAACCAGUAAAUGAAAAAGGUCACUUCACUUUUUAACCUGGUGCAUGAUUUGAAGGAAAUAUUUAAUGUUGUGCUAUUGUGAACCAUCUGCUAUCGUUUACAUAGCAAUAAACAUCUGUUAAUGUUUACAUCAGUCCUUCAUAAACAAAUAUCUGCCUGUCAGUUUACAUGUCAAGCACAUGGUGAUCUCCAAAACAAUAUGCAGAAUUCAAAGAAAAUUCAUUGGAAAUUAAUACAUUCCAACAUAGUGUGGACUGCGUUGAGGCAAAGCAAGUUUCUUCAGGGACUAUUUUCUGCAGACUACGGUCCUAUAUUCAAUGACAAAUCAAAAGUGUACACCCUUCUUUCAAAGUGAGGACAGAACAAGAGAUUAAGCGGAUUCAUGUAGAAAAAAACCUCAACAUGUUUACAUUUAUCAUGUAUGAUAUAUUGCCAUGUUUGAUUAAACCACGUGCACAGUUUAAA